UGAUCAACGAACAGGAGGCAGAGGAAGAAAAACGGAUUCUUCGAAAAAGUCUUCCAUAGAGCAACACCUGCAAACACCAUCAUCGGCCAUGGUCAGGUCGCCUCCGCCACCGAUGGCCCCACAAUCGUUGUAUGAAUUGACACUUAGUCUCUCGUCUUAA